AGAGCUGUUGCCUCCGUCGUCACCGCAUUUAUAUAUCCCGGAUUACUUCUAUAGGACAAAAAAAAACUUAUUUAAGGAAAGAAGGAAAUUCCGCAAAAAGAUAUCCAUAGCUGGGCCGUCCGACCUUUCCCAUGUUUCCGCCAGGGAUCUUCUGCGCACGGCCGGUGUAGGAGGUGCCGGCGCGUGUCCAUGUCCGAAGGUGAUCCAGUGAGUGUAGUGUGGCGCAGAGGAUGAUUGGCGCGUGACGUCACGGUCGUUUGUCGUAUCCCGCCGCCCUAUGUCAGCAGGGGGGGUCUCUGUCACGUGCGUCCGUUACUCUUAUCAGCCAACCAACUUCCCCUCACUCCGCUUCCGUGAAACAAAACAAACAGAUUUUGGGAGGCGUCCUUGGAUGCGGUGGGGUCGCCAUUCGAGGUUUUCGGGAUUAGACUAGUCAAAUACUCAAAUCCGAUGGAACUGGUUGCUUAUAAAAGCUGGGCGAAAUGCCUCGCCGGUAAACAGUUAAGCCUCCUGCCUGCCAUCCGGCCUUCUUCCCUCGGAACCCACCGGAACCUUCUUCCUCCUCCGAUUCUCUCGAUCAGUCAAUCCCAGCCAAAACCAGAGCCAGCAUUAGCCGUAGCCGGUGGAAGAUUCAUGGAGCAUCUUCUGAAUCCGCCGGCAGAUGCAGCCGCCAUGGCCGCCACUUACCACUACGGCGCGUCGUCCUCGCCGUCGUCGGCGUUCGACAUGAGUGACACCGACGACAUGCACCUCCUCAACACGCUGUCCCUCCUGGCCGACAUGGACUACCUCGACAUGGACAUGGACGCCUCUUCUUCCUCCUCGGCUUCCACCUCCACUUCCUCCUAUCACUCCUCCUCUGCUUCCUCCGACGCCGGCCACCACCACCACCACCAGCACGCCAUGGCGGCUCCAACAACCACUGCUGCCGCAAGCCCCACGAAGCGGCGCGCUCAACAGCAGCAGCAGCCGGUGAAGGGGCUGAUCGGGGUGCGGAAGCGGCCGUGGGGAAAGUUCGCGGCGGAGAUCCGGGACUCGACCCGGAAGGGCGCCCGGGUGUGGCUGGGCACCUUCAACACGCCCGAGGCGGCGGCCAUGGCGUACGACCAGGCCGCCUUCUCCGUGCGCGGCGCCGCCGCCGUGCUCAACUACCCCGUCGACCGCGUCCAGGAGUCGCUCCGGACGCUGGCCCUCGGCGCCGACGCCGUCGGGGGUUCCCCCGUGCUCGCGCUCAAGCGGCGCCACUCCAUCCGCAAGCGCUCGCCCAACAAGAAGAAGGCGAUCACGGCGUCCAAGAUGAUGCCUCAGAGUCAGACAACACAGCAGCAGCAGCAGCAGCCGGAGAUGAAGACGACGAUGGCGGCGUCGGCAGCGGCGGCAGAGGCUGGAGUUGUGGAGCUGGAGGACUUGGGCGCGGACUACCUGGAGGAGCUCCUCCGGGUGUCCGACGACCCUUACUCCUCCUCCUCCAUGGGUAAUACCAAUUACUACUACCAGUGCCACUUUCAUGGCGGCGAUGAUCAAUCGAUAAUCACCACCGGCAGUGGCACGGGCACGGCGGCGCCGGCAAUCUUGUUCCCUCAUUGCUAUGCAAGCUACUCCCAAUGAUUGAUUGCCUCCCUCUCCUGCCCUGCCUUGAUUGAGAGCGAAUUGCAAAUAGUUCGUAGCAGAGUUAGCAUCGAUCGAUCGAUGAUGAGUUUUCCAGCUUUCCCGUCUGCCGGCCUGGCCCCGCUGCAAAGCAAAACACCCCGACAGCUAUGUAUGUUUGUCUGUACUCUAUAUUAUGUAAGUAUGUGAUUUAAGGAACUAUAUGUCCAGGCAUAUAUACUCCACAGCUUAGAUA